UCCUCCUCCCGAAGUUUUCAUCUCUUUUUCGACCUUCCUCUCUUCUUCCCCAUCCAACUCUCCAUCCACCUCGCGGUUCUUCCAUCUCCUCGCCCGGAACAAACUCUUCCUUUGCUCCUCUUUUCUCUCAUUUUUUAAUUUUACUUGCAUCCAAAUGGCUUCUAUCUUCCGAUCCUCCUCCGCCGCCGCCGCCGCCGUUCUUCGACGACAGCUCCCCGUCGCGCGACAGCUUCCGAUUGGCGCCAACAGACUCGUCCUCGCCUCCCGCGCUCGCGUCCCCUGCGCCGCCGUCCGAUCCUACUCCGCCCAUGCCGACGAGUCCUACGAUGAGUUCAACGCCAGAUUCGAGAAGGAGUUCGACGAAGCCUACGAUUCCUUUGAGGUCCAGCGAGUUCUGACAAACUGCUUCUCCUACGACCACGUUCCCUCGCCUGCCGUGAUCGUCAAGGCCCUCACUGCCGCCCGUCGCGUCAACGACUUUGCCACUGCCGUCCGCGUGUUUGAGGCCAUAAAGCUGAAGGUCCCUGCCAAGCACCACUACGAGGCUUACCUCGAGGAGCUGGCUGGCAUCCGCGAGAAGUUGGGCGUCCCACUCAAGGAGGAGCUUUUCCCCGAGUCAAAAUAAACGAGCCUAGUCUUUGAGCAAGUGUGCUCGAGAAGGGAGGAAAGAAAAGAGAGAAAUGCAAAUGAUGAGAAAAAUAUAGGAGAAGGGGGUUAUUGAGUUUGAUGCUCAUAAUAUGGCUGGAUAUUUCCUAUCUUUCAUUAUUUUAUUUUGAAAAAUAAAGAUAAUCAUAAACACCUACAGAAGUUGUUGUCUUUCUUGGAGCGAGUUGGAUGCGACUGGAGAGUUCGGAGAAGGACUAGAAGCAGGUAGUUGGUUCUUUUGUCAGUGUUGCUCUUGUACUAUUUCAUUUUCAUUUUUCUCUUUUCUUAUCAUUCUUCUUCCGUCUAUUUUGUCUCUUCAUUCUGUUUUAUUCACAUUUCCUUUAAUUUUAUUACUUCCCCGGUUUGGGAAUCACACAUCACU